AAAUGUCCCUAGACGCGAAGGUUAUGGCCGAAAUGAGGAAAGGCAAAAUUUUAGGCCUAGUUACAAUGAUUACGGACAAUACGUUGACCAGGGUUUCAAUGAUAUUCGCCAACAUGGCUAUAGGCAAAAUGACCAUAGGCAAAACGACUCGUUUCAGCAGGAAGGCUGGGGACAAGAACCUGACCCUCGCAUUCCAGCACAAAACCCUAGGGGAGGACAUGUCCGAUCGUCAGGACACCCGAGUCAGUUAAACGAUUAAGGGUCUCUCAAGCCCGGGAAUUUGAUGGGACCCCUGUAAGCAAAUUUAAUCUUAAGCAAAGUAAGAAAGACAUUGACAUGUCUCCACAGCAAAUUGAAGGUAAACCAAUAGAGGGAAAUAGGAAUCUUCCCCUUAGUAAUCCACAAKUGACGGACAAUCAGAAUGAACAAUUUACUCAGCGAAUUGGCAUCCCGGACAAUUCGAUAAAUGAUUCUAUUGAUAUUAGGACUGAUGACAGUCACAUGAAUCUGAAACAAGGCGAAAAUUUGGCAAAUGACGAGAUUGUUUCUAAAAAUAAAGCCCAAAGUGACAAAAUAGCAAUUGAUGAGACUGUUUCUACAGAUAAAGUUGAUUUUGACAGCAAAAGUUUUUGUGAGGACGAGAUACGCGAACUCUUCACUGAAUUACCAUUUACGAAUAAUGACUACGAGGACAUUGACAUACCGCAAAUAACACUGUUUAGACCUGAUGAGUUUGUUAGCAUGAAUGAUUUAAGCGAUUUGACACAAUCGAAUGUUACUAACUCAGCGGACACUCAAACAGAUCAGGCAUUCACGCCCACUAGUCAAGACCCACUCCCGCCAAUAGGCGAGUUAUAUAAGACAUUUUUCAGGCAAUUYUUACAAGUCAUUGUAAUGACCCUAGCACUAUUAGUGUUUCCGGCUUUACAAUUUAUCACAUAUUCCAAAGAUUAUAUCGCGAAGUUAGGUUACUAUGUUGUAUCGAAGAAAGACAUUUCCAAAGGGACCAUUAAGUUUAUUAUGAGAAAUAUUGGCGCCAUAUUUUUAAGUAUCCAGGGACAAUUUUCCAAGUUAAGAAUGUAUUUUUAUAGUGAUGCACACCAAAGUCAAGGUGUUUUCCAAGUUUAUAGUACCAAGUCUGCAGCAUUUUAUACGCGUUUAGUAGAGUACAUUUUUCAAAAAUUCCCAUUUGUUCAAUUUUACAAGAAGCAUCACGAUUUAGCUGACAACGCAUGUCAAAACGUUUUACAAGGUCCCGAUAAAUUUUGUCAAGUCCCACAUAUAGAAGUUUUAAAUGAACGUAGGCAAAAAUGCAACGAUGACACGGAAGUGCACAGCCGGAGUUCUAGCAUUUUUGAGGAACACGUUCAACAUUUUUCAAGUAAUGGCCAAACAGAAAACAAAGAAGUAAUCGGAAAUGUUGACACUGUUCCUUUCUCAUCAGAUACAGCAAACCUAUCAAGUCGUUUCAAUGCACAUGUUAGUCUAGUGACUAACACACUAAAUUUGCCUGAAAGUAUUUAUGGGAGCUGUUGUACUAACACAAUGUUAUAGUUGAGAAGGCUCUACCUUUGUCCCGCGACCAUACUACAGUUGCUACAUCACGCUGACCAUAGCACGUGGCUUGGUAUUGAUUGAACCCCAGGAUCAAACUCAAGUAUCAACAUACAAAAAGUUAUAUCAUUCAAGUUGGAGCUUCAGUACCGCUCUAGUCAAAGUAAGCCCACGCCUCACAGAAAACUUCAGUAACUCCUACGGAGACAGAUAUCACCUGUGUGGCACUAUGCCUCGCCAUUAUCAACACAGAUCUUUUUGCAACUUCUUAUACACGCCAUGCCAUGGUAAAUCAAUAAACAUUGCACGAUAUCGUUAAGGCACGUGGCAAGAGCCUUGAUUUGGAAUGCAGUACACAAUGUACUCAAGUAAGAAUAGCGCUCUACAUCAAUAAUGCGCAAUGCAUGAU